UACUAUAUGACAUCAUGAUCUGAGCUGAAAUACUCUCUCUCUCUCUCCUUCUCUCCCUGCUCCCAAGCUCUGUCUGGCAUCCUACAGUAAGACAGAUAGUGGGCUCGGUCUAACAGAAGGUUUACAUUCAGCUACCCAGGAGUUUAGCACUCACUCAGUCCUGAUGCAGCCAGCAGUGAAGGCAGCUUGAAAUUACUUGGACGACCACCAGGCUAGCUAAGGAUCCAGAGACUGACCCCCCCCCCCCCAAAACGAAACAAAGGUAGAGUUCAACAGCAGAACCGAAAGGAAACAUUCUAGGGAAAAAUUGUGGUUCUCAAAUUAAACCCUUAAAAUGGGGUUGUUCUGGGGACUUGUGAUUCUACUUUUUAUUGAAACCAUAGAGGAAGCUAAGGGAGGUGUCUAUAUCAAAAGGUUCCGGCAGAGGCGAGCCUUAUUAGCUAAUGCGACAUCAGAAGACCCUAUUGUAUUCAACCAUGUUUACAACAUCAGGAUGCCUGACUGUGAGUCUUGUUCAGCUGAUGUGUCAGCACCUUCCAUUUUUGAAGCCAGUGAUGACCCCAAAGAACAUAAGUAUGAACACAAUAUACAAGGCAGAAACCAGGUCGUCUUUACUCAUCGCAUCAAUAUCCCACCCCAGGCCUGUGGUUGCAGUAAUGAUAAAGACAUAGAGGUGCUGCUGAGUCGACUAGAGGCUUUGGAGUCUCAAGUGUCUACAUUACGGGAUCAGUGUUCGAACACAGGGUGCUGCGAUGGAGCUCUAGCUGGAAAGCGUCAAACAGACAUUCGGAUUCUAUGCAAUGGACAUGGGACCUUUGACUCUACAAAAUGUAACUGUGACUGUGAGAAGGGGUGGACAGGCCCCACUUGCUCUGAUCCAGAAUGUCCUUCUAACUGCAACAAACACGGCAAGUGUAUCAAUGGUCGCUGUGUAUGUGACACAGGAUUCACUGGGGCUGACUGCAGUGAAACAGAGUGCCCUGAUGACUGCAAUGACCAGGGCCGCUGUAUAGAUGGGAAAUGUGUGUGCUUUGUAGGAUACUCUGGGCCUAGAUGUGACAUAAAGAUAUGUCCAGAUAACUGCAACAAUAGGGGACGCUGUGUGGAAGGAACCUGUAUUUGUAAUACUGGCUUCAGUGGACCUAGCUGCAAUGUAUCGGUAUGCCCAGACAACUGCAGUAAUAAGGGACGCUGCAUAAAUGGAAAGUGUGUCUGCUAUUCUGGUUUCUCUGGACCAGCUUGCAAUUUUAAAACCUGUCCAAAUAACUGUAACAACAAUGGGCGAUGUAUUAAUGGGAAAUGUGUCUGCCAUACUGGUUUUGCUGGUCCAAGCUGUAGCACCAAAGUAUGUCCAAAUAACUGCAACAACAAUGGACGCUGUGUUAAUGGGAAGUGUGAAUGUAAUGUUGGUUUCAUUGGACCCAGCUGUGGUACCAGAACCUGUCCAGAUAACUGCAACAACAAUGGGCGCUGUGUUGAUGGGAAGUGUGAAUGCAAUGUUGGUUUCUCUGGACCCAGCUGUGGUACCAGAACCUGCCCAGAUAAUUGCAACAACAACGGGCGCUGUGUUGAUGGGAAGUGUGAAUGUAAUAUUGGUUUCUCUGGACCCAGCUGUGGUACCAGAACCUGCCCAGAUAAUUGCAACAAUAAUGGGCGCUGUGUUGAUGGGAGGUGUGAAUGUAAUGUUGGUUUCACUGGCCCUAGCUGUGCUUCCAGAACCUGCCCAGAUAAUUGCAACAAUAAUGGGCACUGUGUUGAUGGGAGGUGUGAAUGUAAUGUUGGUUUCACUGGACCUAGCUGUGCUUCCAGAACCUGCCCAAAUAAUUGCAACAACAAUGGACGGUGUAUUGAUGGUAAAUGUGAAUGUAUCAUUGGCUUCACUGGUCCCAGUUGUGCUACCAGAAAUUGCCCACAUAACUGCAACAACAAUGGACGUUGUGUGGAUGGGAAGUGUGAAUGCAAUGUUGGCUAUACUGGACCCAUCUGUGCUACCAGAACCUGCCCAGAUAAUUGCAACAAAAAUGGACGCUGUGUUGAUGGAAAGUGUGAAUGCAAUGUCGGUUUCACUGGACCCAGCUGUGCUAACAAAACCUGUCCGGGGAACUGUAACAAUCGAGGUCGCUGUGAAAAUGGCAAGUGCUUUUGUGAGACUGGAUUUUCUGGAGAAGACUGCAGUACUCAGUGUCCCAAAAAAUGCAGUAGCAAAGGAUCCUGCAUCAAUGGUGUAUGCAUCUGCUUUCCUGGGUACACUGGUUCUGACUGCAGUAAGCAAUCCUGUCCCCGGAACUGCAACAACAGGGGGCGCUGCAUAAAUGGCCAGUGUAUCUGCAUUAAAGGCUUUGUUGGAUCUGAUUGCAGUAUGAAAGCCUGCCCAAAUGACUGCAGCAACAGGGGAAAAUGUCUAAAUGGAACAUGCCUCUGUGAGGAAGGGUUCUCAGGUCAUGACUGCUCCAAAGGAAUACCAACUGUAGAAAAUCUGCAAGUAAGAAAUAUUCAAGACACAUCAGUCAUGCUGGAAUGGACAAAACCUAGAAUUGCAGUGGAUGGUUAUAAAAUCUCUUUCCGUCCCAUGGACAAUGAUGAGGGGUUUAUCUCCAUCCGUAUCAAUGAAACAGUGAGACGAUUCACACAGACAGGACUGCAGCCAGGGAAGGAGUACACAGUGACAGUACAAGCGGAGAAGAAUCAAAAAUACGGGCCUGCUUCCACCAAAUCUAUUGUUACAUUGAUUGACAGUGUUCAGAAUUUGAGAGUUACGGGUGUAUCGAACAACAGUAUUAGCCUGAAGUGGGACAAAUCGGCUGCUGAUGUGGAACGUUAUAUCAUAUCAUAUGUAUCGCCGACAGGAAAGAAAGGACACCUUGAGGUUUCAAGUGAAGCAGACACUGCUGUCUUGAGAAAUCUAGAACCAGGGGUACGGUACCUCAUUACUGUAGUUGCAGAAAUGGGAAGUGAGCAAAGUAAGCCAGCACGAACCAAUGCUUCAACUGAGAAAAAGAAAAAGACAAAGGAAGUAGGGAAUGGUAAAAUGAAAGCAUCCCAAGAAGGGUUACAUACCCAAACGCUGACUGUUCCAAGCACAACUAUCUCUACUAAGAAAUUUCCACCUAUUUCUGACCAUGGCAUCUCACAAAAGCUAUAUCCUGUAGCUAUCAAUAAGGCAAACAUGAUAUCCAAAACUACAUCUGUUCCGAAAACUUCAUUUGUGGAUUUAAAUACCAAAGCAACUUCUGACAAGAGCAUACCUGGAUCACACAGGGACGAUAAUGCUGUCCCAGACAACUCUGACUCUCAAGUGCCUAGAAGAAAGGUGAAUAACAAACCUCUUGUAAAGGAUACAACCUCCAAUACCCUAACUGUUCAUUCUGUUGCUGAGAAACCAACUAAAGCAACACUAAUGCUGAAUGAAAAAUCUGUUAUCUCUCCGGCUGGAAUAGGCAGCUUGCCAAAAAUGAUAGCCAAAACUCCAAUGAAAAGUAAAAAGCCAAAAGGUAAUCUGCUACAACCCCCUUCAGCUGCCUACCCAAGCACCAAGACUGUACUGGUGAUGACAACUCUGACACCACAGGAACCUGUAUCUCCUCUAAUUUCCACUGUCCUUGACUCUGACAAAAACGAGCUUGGAAGCAUGAAACCUGGACAGACAACAACAAAUGUACAUUCAAAGCACUCUUCCACAUCAUUGCCCGUGGAACAUAAUAGUACUUCUGCAAAAAAUAAUAACUCUUCAGUAGAUCCAAAAGAUGUGCCUCUCAAGCUCAACCUAGAGCCGCCUGCCUCUGACCAAAGGAAAAAUUUUAAUAAGAUUUUCCAGAGCAUCUUAAACAGGGCCCCUUCUAUGAAUAAGGCCCAGAUAGUACGUCUUCAGAUUUACUUGCUUAACCUCACAUCUACCCUGAAGAAUAAUGAAAUAAAGAAAGAUGCAAAGGACCUCUUAGACUACCUAUAUGACUUAAGUUCUACGAAAGUUAGUGAAAGGGUCUCUCCUGACACUGUGGCAAGCAGGACUCUUCAGAGUACAGUAUUACCUGAAAUCACUAUCAGGUCUGUAAAUAAAAUGCCCCAAGGAAAUACGUUUCCCCAGCUGCCUGUAGAACAUGUCCCUUUGCAACCAGUAAAUAUAUUAGAACACGCCACAGUUUUCAAAGGCAGCUUAUCUAUAACAUCUACUGUUGCCCCUCAUCAGAAUGAAAACAGUAAGUUUACAUCUUUCUACAGAACUCACAUGGAGGGCUAUGAUCCUUCCCUGACUGUCACAAAGAAAACUAAACUCUAUACAACUACACAAAAUCCAAGUGCCAUAACAAAAAAAGUAGACCCAGUGGUGUCCAGAGCCACUGCUACUGGUGUUAUGUUAUUUUUUGAUAACUUGAAAAAGCAGUAUGAUCGAUUCUAUGUAAUUAUUAGAAGUCUUCCAGAAUUAACUGUAGUUUCUAAGAUGAACCUUCCUGGAAAUUCUAGCAGUGUGAACAUCACUGCUCUAAACCCUGGAACUACAUACAAAGCAUAUCUAUAUGGUAUUAAGAAAGACCGCACAACUGAUAUGUUUAUCCUUCUUGUUUCUACAGCUCUAAAGGAUGAUGAUGAUGGUGAUCAAAUGACAGGGCAAGAUGACCACUCAGUUGUCCAAAUGACCACACCAGCAAGCCAGCCCAAAACAGAUGACCCUAGUGGCACGAAUGAAGGAGGAGGAGGCAUUCCUGGGUCAAUCCCUAGUGUGCUGGGGACAUUAUCAGCAACAGAUACCUCUCCACACAGUCUCAGACUUUCAUGGACAGUGAAAAGUGGUUCCUUCACUAACUACUUAAUCCGUUACAGAGAUCCUGUCACUGGAAAUUCUGAAAAUAUCCAUCUUGCUGGUGACGUCCAUACUUUUCUACUUACAGGACUAAUCCCUAACAAACAGUAUGAAAUUCAGCUGCAUGGUGUAGCUAACGGUCAGCUGAUGCCGCCACUUAUAACAAAAGCAACUACAGUACCAUUGAAGGAUCACAGUAAACCCACCAACAUGGGUAGUUUGACAGUCAAAGGUGUGACUAAUAACAGCUUCAGCCUUACCUGGAAAGCUCUGAAGGGAGCGUUUGACUCAUUCAUUGUACAGUAUGAAGAAAGUGAAGGGCCCUCCCCACAGGCACAGGAGAUCUCAAUACCAGGAAAUCUUCGUACAGCGAUAAUCCGAGGACUCAAACCUGACACAGAGUAUAAAGUCCACGUCUAUGGUGUUAGGGGCAACCAACGCACCCAGCCGCUCACUGCUGUUACAAUCACAGAAAAAGCUCUGGAAAGGCCUGUCCUUGAUUCUCUCUCAGUUUCAGAUGUCACAGAAAACUCCAUGAGGCUCACAUGGACAGUUAAGAAAGGAAUACUAGAUUCUUUAAUUAUUCAAUACAGGGACUCUCAGAACGAAACCCACAGGGAGACCAUCAGUGGAGAUCUACUAACUACUGUCAUCUCUGGUUUAAAGCCUUCUCAGGAAUAUGUGUUUAAUGUGACUGGCAUUUCUGGUGGAAGGAGCACUGGUACACAGCUGGCAAGAGGAAAAACAGCUUCUUCAGCUAUAGCUCAUGAAAGGGUUGAAAAAUUUGGUCACCUCAGCAUCUCAGACGUAACUGAGGACUCCUUCCAUGUUCGAUGGAUGGCCCAGGUCAGGGCAUUUGACUCCUUUAUUGUCUUGUACAGGGACUCAGCAGGCAUCUCAGCAUCCCAGCAGAAGAAGGUACCUGGUAACCUUCGCACAACAGUCAUCAAAGGUUUGCAGCCCAGUACCAAAUACAACGUCACCUUGUAUGGGGUGCACCGAGGCAAACGCAGUGUGCCCCAGAAGGCUGCUGCUAUUACAACACCAAGUUCUCCCAAAGGCCUUACCUUCACCGAUAUACAAGACACUUCAGUGACUGUUAAUUGGUUACUACCUGCAGAAAAUGUUGAUCGCAUCAAAGUUUCCUACACUACUGUUCCUGAUGGUGAACCACAAAACAUCAUUGUAGAAGGAAAGAGGAACAAAGGUGUACUUACAGGCCUAACCCCGGCCUCCAAAUAUGAAGUGAGUGUGAUCUCAAUGCGUGGCUUCGAUGAGAGUGAACCUCUCUCUGGGGUUGUUAUGACACUUCCUGACAGCCCUAGCAACCUGCGAGCAGUGAAUGUUACUGAAACAACAGCUCUUUUGCACUGGAGACCAGCACUUGCCCCUGUGGAUAAUUACAUGGUCACCUACAACACCAAGAAUGCACCAGAGGCCACAAGAACCACAUCAGGAAACACUGUGGAGGUCCAAUUGUCAGACCUGAAACAUAAUACUGAGUAUACAGUUAAAGUUUACAGUGUGAAGGAAGCAAAUCGAAGUAGGCCAGCAGUCACAGUUUUUACAACUGCUGCAGAUGCGAUAAAGGACUUAUGGGUAACAGAAGUGUCACCACACAGUGCUGUCCUUUCCUGGAAUGCUCCCAAGGUACCAGUCAGUGGAUACGUACUAAGCUAUGAGACUGCCACAGGAAAACGCAAGACAGUGAAUGUGAUCAGUUCCCCUACGUCUUACAAUCUAACAGACCUGCACCCAGGCACUAAAUAUAAUGUUCACCUUCAAGCAGUUCGAGGGGGUAACAGAAUGCCUUCAGUCGAUGCCUCAUUCACCACAGUUCUUGACAGCCCCUCCAAUUUGCGAGCAGUGAACGUUAGUGACACAACAGCGCUGUUGCACUGGACACCAGCACUUGCUGCUGUCGAUAAUUAUGUUGUGACCUAUAAUGCUAAGAACGCACCUGAAGUAAUAAGAUCCGUAUCAGGAAAUACUGCAGAACUCCAGCUAUCAGGUCUGAAAGUUAGUACUGAGUAUUCUGUUAAAGUACACAGUGCAAAGGGAACAAAUGAAAGCCAGCCAGCAUUCACAGUUUUCACAACUGCUGCAGAUGCCCCUAAGGACCUAAAGGCUUCAGCAGUAUCUCCACGUGGUGCUGUCAUAUCCUGGAAACCUCCCAAAGCACCAGUCAGUUCCUAUAUGCUGAGUUAUGAGACUGCUGCAGGGGAAAGUAAGGGUGUGAAUGUGAAUGCUUCAGCUACAGUUUAUAAGCUGACAGGUCUCUACCCAGCAACAAAAUAUAACAUUCAUCUGCAUGCAGUUCGUGGAGGUUCCAGAAUGGCCCCAAUUAAUACAUCAUUCACUACAGUGCGUGUUAGAUACCCUUUUCCCAAGGACUGCUCACAAGAAAUGUUGAAUGGACUAACUGAGUCAGGCUUAACAACAGUCUAUAUGAACGGAGACAGGACAAAGCCAUUCCAAGUAUACUGCGAUAUGGAGACUGAUGGAGGAGGCUGGCUUGUUUUACAAAGACGGAUGAAUGGAAAAACAGAUUUUUGGAGAGGAUGGAAAGAAUAUGCAGAAGGAUUUGGGGACCCCAGAGAAGAGUUCUGGCUUGGUAAUGAAAAGAUCCACAACCUAACAAAGCAAAAUCGCUACAAGCUUCGCAUAGACCUACGUGCACAGGCAGAGUCUGCUUAUGCUGAAUAUGAUGACUUCAGGAUUGACAAUGCCACAAAGUAUUACAAACUGCAUCUUGGGAAAUACAGUGGGAAUGCUGGUAAGGACUGCACUGUUGGAUACACUUAGUCUGCACCUUAUGGU